AUGAAGCUUCCAGAAGAACGUGAGUCCACCUUCCUCACCUCUCUCUUAAAUUGGUAUAAGGACGACGAGGGCCCGCUUGUGGAAGAGUAUCCACUUCCUUCAGACGCCGCAUAUUACCGCAGCGAGAGCGGCAACGCGAGCACCAUGAACCUGAGGCUGCUACCUUCGCCGGAGACCGAGGGCCCGCUCAUAGCACAGCACCCAUGCUCGUCAAGCACCGCAUCUCGCAGCAACGAAAACGCCGGGAAGUUCUCCCCGCUCGCACCGGAUCAAUGGAACCCGGUUAACUUCGAGCAUGAGGGGACGUCGCUGCAGUGCUUGUCGCGCUGCAAGCACGACAUCAUGGACCUGAUCACCGAUCCGCCGCCGGGAGUGUACAUCGCGCCCAGGGAAGACGAUAUCACCAGGAUCCACGCGCUGGUUGUGGGCCCCGCGGACACGCCGUACGAGGGCGGCUUCUUCCACUUCCUGAUCCAGUGUCCGCCGGAGUAUCCGAUCAAGCCGCCCCGCGUCCGCCUCAUGAACACCGACGGAGGUCGCGUGAGCUUCCACCCGAACCUGUUCGAGAGCGGCCAGGUGUGUCUCAACAUUUUGGGCACCUCAGAGUGGAGUGGAGUCCCGGUGGAAUGGAGCCCCGCGAUGUCCAUCGCAAGCGUCCUGGUCUCGAUCCAAUCUCUGAUGGCCGAGAAACCAUACUGGAGCGACGAGCAGGAAGACUGCGACCGGUCCUGCCUCAUGGUGCAACACGAGACGAUCAGGGUGGCCGUGUGCGACGCCAUCGAAGGCUGCCUCAAGGGAACCUCGCUGUGCCCGCCACACCUGAGAGAAGUGAUGCUGCAAUGCUUCCUGGACAACAUCGAGAAAUACGACAGCGUAGUGGAGUCCAACAUCAAUCUGACAGAUACGGCGAUCCGGUACCCUUUCGGCUACCCAGCCAUGAAGCGGAAAUUGUACCAGUACGAAGAACUGCUGACACGGCUCUGGACACUGGAAGCGCGGGUCCAAGACAAGCUUAAGUCUGGGGCCAGCGAAGAACGAUGA